AAGCAACCAGACGCGCUGAGCUCUGGCAGAGUCGGUCAAACUCAGAGGGAAUUGAGAGACUCCGUCGUAUCGAGCUCAUCGUCGUCUGCAGCCAUCUUCAACAGGGUCCACACACUCCUCUGCGAUGGGUGAAUGGAACCUUCAGACAGAGUACAGCUGCCGGCAGGCUUUGAGAAUGUCGACAAGAAUAUCCUCGCUGAACUGAUAGCUGAUAUGAUGGACCGUUUGUUGGCUCACAACGACCAAAUACCUCUAUCUCCUGAAAGUCUCACUCGUUUCCAUUCACGAUCCGCCCCAAGCAUUUCUGUUUUACAGUACCUGGAACGUAUAGUAAAGUUCACUAAUGUCGAGAAUGCGUGCCUCUUAAUCACACUUCAUUACAUUGACCAGAUAUGCGCAAGGAUACCUACAUUUACAGUUUCUUCGCUUACUUGCCAUCGUUUCUUGAUCACAUCCGUGGCACUAUCUAGCAAGGCUCUAUCCGACAUUAUGUGUCAGAACAAGACAUACGCCAAGGUCGGCGGUAUACCUAUGGAAGAACUAAACAUGCUCGAACGCGAGUUCUUGCGCAUGAUCGAUUGGAGACUAAUAACCACGCGCGAAGUCCUCCAGGAAUAUUACGUUAAUCUUGUCAGGACCCACAGCAAGGGAAAGUACAUCAUCGUCGGUGCCCAAUCCUCAAGCAGCGUCUCAUCAGACAGCGACAUGGACUACGAGUCCUCGAGGCCUGCUUCUCCCUCAAGCUCGCUAACCGCGGUGGGAACGAAUGUUCAUAACCAGGACUGGGCACCGCAUGAGUUGUCUAGCAUUCUUAUCAAUACCACCACGCUGUCCCCAGAACCUCUUCACCCUCCCACAGUCGAACAAAACAUGGCAUUCCAAGCCUUUCAGCAAUCCAGUGGUAUGGGUUGAUAUCCCUUCGCCGGCGGUCUCAGUGGGAGUGUCGACGGAGAGAAAGGAGACUUGCAGGGUGCUUUCGCUCUCACCCCUCAUUACGGGAGCACCGUACCUUUGGUUUUGGUUUUCAGGGCUUGUUGUGUUAUUUUUGACUAUCUUCCCUUCUCUUCCGGACCUCAUCGUACCCAUCACCGCCCGCCAUUAAACCAUGAUCACAACUCAUUCCGUCUCGCGCUUGGACUUCUAGUCAGAGAGUAGUAAAUAAAAAGUCCACACAACGGUCAUCGCAGUACUUCACAAACAUUACCUUCGCAGUAGCAAUUAUUUAUAGUUAACGUCCAUCCAAUGUAUUCACAGGUGUAUAUAAUCAUACAAACGAACCCGCUCAUCGGAAGGAAGUC